AUGUAUAUGUAUUUUAUUUACUUUUAUGUUCGUCAAGGUAAAGAAAAUAAAAUAAAACAAGUAAAUAAAAUUGAUUGGUCAUUAUUAAAAAAUCAUUCAAAUCGUUCACUAUUAGAAUUAAAUAAAAAAUUAAUAAAAUUUCGUCGUCGUUCUAAUGCACUACGAUCUGAUAAUAUUGAAAUAUUUCAUGAAAAUCUCGAUAAUAAAUUAUUUGCCUAUACACGUUGGACAGAGAAUGAUAAACGUGUUGUUGUUGUAUUAAACUUUUCAAAAGAUCAACACCAUGGUUACAAAGUUACACACUGGCCCAGCCCUGGUAAAUGGCGUGAAAUAAUACAGGAUUCUGAAAUAAAUGUACCAGAAGAUGGACCAAUAUUAAAUUUAAUGGAUUAUGAUGGAAAAAUAUUU